CAUGCAGUCUUACAUACUCUGAGACAGACAGACAGAGAGACAGAUUGCAAGACAGACUGAAAGACAGUGACAGACGCUGAAGGAGGGACUGAAGUGGCAUGGCACAGGGCUCUGACAGUAACGAUUCCAGCUACACCAAAUCCCCAUCACCGGGCAAUAAACAGGGUUCAACGGAUGACGUAAGGAAGGUGAUGAGGCGAGAGAAGAACCGAAUUGCGGCGCAGAAGAGCCGAAUGCGACAAACUCAGAGAGCAGACAGCCUGCACCUGGAGAGUGAAAGUUUGGAGAAGGAAAACGCAGUGCUGAGGAAAGAGGUGAAGAGACUCACAGAAGAGGCCAAAUAUCUAUCCACGGUCUUGAGCAACCACGAACCGCUGUGCACGGGCCUGAGCAGUCCGGCCACGGAGCUUCUGUAUAGCCCGCACCACGGCGCGUUUCAUCAGCACAUCAGCGUGCCGCACUACCCGCUCUAACCGGUAGAGGCCGCCAGAGUCCUUUGCGGAAUCCGCCUAUGAACUGCAGUCACUAACCUUUGGUUGAGUCAUAAUUAAACCACGUAAAUAGCCAUCAGCGGGCAUUGCAUUGAUCUUAAAAUGAACUGCUGAGGAAUGACUAUCAGAGAAACAAAAGCCUCUAAAUAUAAGAAUUUUGGUGACUAUAAUU